AUGGAAGGAACUCCUUUUAGCCCAGCUUUGGCACAGAUGAAUAAUGUAAAAUCUGAACAUGGGGAAUUGCUCUCCAAGCCUUUCUUGGAUGUCUGCAGACUUAUUUUGCCACUUUUAGAUAAAUUUGGAGCUGCAAUGACAGUUGUGAAAUCAGAUAUCAGCGGUAACAUAUCGAGGUUGGAAUCAAAAUAUAAUUCCAAUACAUCCAGAUACAACUACUUGUACAGCAUUGUACAGUCAGAAGUUGAAACAAAGUCUGCCAAAUCUUCAUCUAGCUGCACCAAUGGCCUUCUUUGGUUGACAAGGGCAAUGGAUUUCUUGGUGGAGCUGUUUCGCAAUUUAUCGCAGCAUCCAGAUUGGUCAACUGUACAAGCUUGUAAUGAUUCCUACAGCAAGACUUUGAAAAAGUGGCAUGGAUGGUUUGCCAGUUCAAGUUUCAUGGUUGCUAUGACGCUUAUACCUGACCGGAAGAAGUUCAUGGAGGUACUAGGAGGAAACUCGGAGAGUAUGCAAGAGGAUAUGGUAAAAUUUUGCACAAGCUUUUCGCCGAUUCUCGCAGAGAUCCACAAAUUUCUGGCAAGUGUUGGUUUGGACAGCAUGAAAGCUUCAUGA